GCGGCCCUGAGCGGUGCGGGCGAGCCCUCUGAACUGCAGGCUGUGCUUGAGGAGAUGGACAUUCCCAAGCGCCUGCGUCUCUCCCUCAAUCUGGUCAAGAAGGAGUACGAGUUGGGCCGACUGCAAGCGCAGAUUGGCAAGGAGGUGGAGGAGAAGGUGAAACAGCAGCAUCGAAAGUACAUGCUGGCAGAGCAGCUUAAAGUCAUCAAACGGGAACUGGGCAUGGAGAAGGACGACAAGGAUGCCAUCGCAGAGAAGUUUAGAGCCAGACUCACGAACCUCACGGUUCCCGCCAGCGUAAUGGAGGUGAUCGAUGAGGAGCUGAACAAACUCAGCCUCCUCGACAAUCACUCCUCGGAAUUCAAGUUAGUCUUGUUUUAUUUCGACUAA